AUGGAUCAAACAUCCCAUACAAACUCCACGGAGAACUCCCUGGACAAUUUACUACGAGAAUCGUCGCUGCGGAAAAAUGGCGCCAAUGUGAUCAAGUUCCAUUCUCAGGAUGACUCUACGUCGACGUCGAUGGUUUCUGGAACCACCGCUGCCCAGGCCAAGGGUGACUCUCUGGAAGGUGAACACCCUACGAAGCUUGUCAUUCUUUUGACGUUGGCUUCAUCCAUUUCGGGUUUCAUGUUUGGUUACGACACUGGUUACAUUUCUGCUGCUUUGGUCAAUGUGGGUACAGACUUGUCCAACAAGAUCUUGUCAUCAAGUGAAAAAGAACUCAUCACUUCUGCCACCUCGUUGGGUGCCUUGAUUGGUGCUAUUUUCGGCGGUGUCGGUGCCAACUUGGUUGGUAGAAAACGCGUGCUCAUGGGCUCCAAUGUUAUUUUCGUCGUCGGCACCAUCAUCCAGCUUGUUGCCAAACAUGUGUGGACAAUGAUUUCCGGAAGAUUCGUUUUGGGUCUCGGUGUCGGUAUUGCAUCCCUUAUAGCCCCACUCAUGUUGAGUGAGUUGGCUCCUUCAAAGUAUAGAGGACGUCUUAUCGUCACCAAUUGUAUUUUUAUCACAGGCGGUCAGUUGAUCGCUUAUUUCAUCAACUGGGGCUUGACAAACAUGGACGGUGGCUGGAGAGUGUCUGUGGGCUUGUGUAUGGUCCCUGCUGUCAUUCAACUGGGUUUGUUCUUGUUCUUACCUGACACCCCUAGAUACUACGUUAUCAAUGGCAACAUUGAGAGAGCCAGGCAGGUGUUGCUGAAGACUCAUAGUGACUCCUCUGAGGACCACAUUGAUGCUCUUUUGGAUGACAUGAUUCAGUCCAAUUCGACCGUUCCAGGUGGCCCAGUUUCUCAGAUCUGGAACUCCAUCAAGCUUAUUCACUCUAGACCAGCCAACUUCCGUGCUCUCGUUUUGGCUUGUGGCUUGCAAGGUAUUCAACAGUUUACUGGUUUCAACUCGUUGAUGUACUUCAGUGCUACGAUUUUCGAGACCAUCGGUUUCGAGAACGCCACUGCCGUGUCGAUCAUUGUUGCUGCCACAAACUUCGUCUUCACCCUUGUUGCAUUGUGUAUUAUCGACUUUGUCGGACGUCGUCGUAUCUUGCUUUUCGCUAUUCCAGGUAUGUGCGCAGCACUUGUUAUUUGUGCCAUUGCUUUCCACUUCUUGGGCGUCAAGUUCGGUGAUGGAGCAGAAGUUGUCGUUGAGACUACAGGUAUCACAGGCUGGGGCAUUGUCGUCAUCAUGGGUAUGGUGUUCUACGUUGCGUCAUAUGCCAUUGGUAUUGGUAACAGUGCAUGGACCGGUGUUGAGCUUUUCUCGGAUGUCAAUGUGAGAUCCGUUGGAGGUAUGUACGCUGCAGCUACCAAUUGGGCUGGUUCCUUGGUGAUUGCAUCUACGUUUUUGACUAUGCUUGAAAACAUCACACCACCAGGAACCUUCGCAUUCUUUGCUGCAUUGUGUUUCGUUUCCUUCCUUUUCAUUUACUUCUUGCUUCCGGAAGUUGCCGGCUUGAAGUUGGAGGAGACCACCAAGCUUCUAGAAGGAGGAUUCAAUGUGAAGGCAGCAAGAAAUUUGUCAAAGGAGAGAAAGAAGCUUGCAAAGCAUGUCCAAGACCUGGAUAGCAUAGAGGUCUGA